UUCCAUUCUUUCAUUUUCAGGCCUUCAACAAUGAGUCAUGUAAUAAUGACCUUCACGCUUGGGAUGGGGUGGUUAUGGACUUUCGUGGUCCUCGGCGGGGUUGAAGGGUCCGCCCAUUGGGUCUCUUCUAGCCAAGUGAUGCUGAAAAGCAAGGCUGAAACCGGAGCCUCGGCUGAGCCAGUGCUUUUCAAACGUGUCAAACGAGCCGAUGUGCCGAGCUGGAUCUUGGAUUGCGAAGGCCUGGAUUGCUUGUACAAGAUCUUGAGAGUUCUAACUUACCGAUUUCCCGUUAACACUGUCGGCUUGUGGGAUGACAUCUUUGAGACGUACAAUGCCCGGGAUGCUUUGAAAAAACAGCUCCAGAUUCAGAAGAUCAACACCAUGAGAGCUGAGCACGAGGCCAGCAUGGUUUCGAUCUUUCGAGAAAUCGAAUUACUCGACACCGAAUUUGAAUCGGAGCAAACAAGUCCUUCCAGCCCUAAUAAAAAAAUACUGAUACAAGGGCCAAGAUCUCACGAGGCUAAACGAAAAUCGAAGAUGAUGAUCAAACUCUUCGAGCGCCCCCAAAAUCAAGAAAAGGUGGAAUAAUUUCAUCUAAUUUUGACCCUUCCUGAAACUAUAACUGCGAAGUAGAGCGAGUCAUAUGCCGUAAUUAGACAUGGAUCUGACCUGUAAAUACACAUAAAACAUACCGUA